GCACAAACGCUGCGAACGCAGAAGACCUAACUUUCGAUGUUAUUCUGGGGAAGUACCAAGAUACGUCACCUUCACCUACCUAGUCCCUAAAUUUCUAAAUUACAGGAGGAUCGGCGACCGGCAUAUGGAUGGACGGGUGUAGCUUAUUGAUAUACGCGACUGUUAUAAAUAUUCUGUGUCCUUUCCUGGUACUUCCUGGUCCCUGCUCUGGAAAGAUGGCAACUAAUAAUUGCGAGAAAAAUGAUACCACGUCUAACAGUGAGAGCAAGACCUGGUGGGGCUAUGCUAGUGGAGUUUCUGGGGCCAUGUAUGCCCCAGUCAAGUAUGUGCUGCUUCGGGGCAGAGACCUUUCUAAGUCAACUGUGUUUGGCGUGAAGGACAGAGUGCAUGGCUGGGUUUUCAGGAUUGACAAUCCCCACAAGGGCACUGACUUCAAUCACAUGAACGUGAGGCAUAGGUUCACCCAGAGACCUGACCCGCACACCAGGCUGCCUCCAGGCACCACCGUCCUUGGCAAGGCAGUCACCAGCUUCACGGAUAUUGCUGGUCCAGUUCUUUUCACCGCUGCUGUUGUGCAUGACACUACCAAGAUCGGAAAGGCAGCAUACAAUGAUCUAAAGGAGCACCAAACUCUUGGAUCAGAGACUGCCAAAAGUACUGCCUCCGUGGCAGCUGUUUGGACUGGUGGAUUUGCUGGCGGCUAUAUUGGGUCUAAGCUGGGAUACUUUGCUGGAGGAUUGAUUGGUUCCUGUCUUUGGGGAGUUGGGUUUGUGCCUGGCUCGGCCCUUGGCGCUGUUGUUGGCACAUACCUUGGAGGAGCUGCAGCCGCUGGCAAAGCCCGGGAAGCUGCAGAAAAUGCUGUGGAUCACUACAACAGAGUAGCAGAAAACCAGCCUUCCUGGAAUGGCGUGUACUCGGCCGUGUCGCAAAAUAGUGCUUUCUUGUGGAAUAACUCUCGUCAGUACGCAGCUGCUCUGUUUCCAGGACAAAGUCAAAUCGUCAAAGCUGCUGCAGAUAAUUCAAAGAUAGGGUUGCAGAAAAGUGGACUUACUGGAACGCGCUGUCAUCCAAAAGCAUUUACUUGUGGAACACAUGUCGACAGUACGCAUCCUCUCGGACUACAGGACAAAAUUAAACUAAGAUUAAUGCUAUUUAAGAGCAAGCUAUGAUUGAUGAUUGCCAGUGGGCUUUGUUCAUCAAGAAGCAGGCUAUAAUUUGUCACUGAUGCUAUUUUUGGUGUAAAAAAAGUUAAUUCCAAAGGUGCUUGUUUGUGAACACUUAAUUAUGGUGGCCCCACACUUUUCGCCAAAUUGCGACUUUUCAGUAGCAUAUUGCAUUCUUCCCAUAGUGAGAAUGAGAAGUGUAAAGUGAGCGGAAAGUGUUAGUCCACCAUAUUAAAAUCUUAACAGAAUCAUAAAUUAAGAAUUAAAUUAGAUUUAUAGAAACUACUGACAUGAGUGUUAUAUAAAUAAUGGUAUUAUAAUAAUAUAAUAAUAAUUUUAAGUAAAUAAAUUCAAUUAUAAUUAUUAUUAUUAAUAAACAUUUGAUUUCUUUGAGCUCUGAAAUUCUAAAAAUAAAAUGAGAAAUGAUAUAUAUUU